AAAAGAUUGAAAUUAAUGUUUUCGGUCGAAAAACUAAUUGAGUUUGAGUUUGAUUGAAUGGCGUUGAAUCUUCUUGAAUAUAGGAGAAACUAUGGAUGCCCAUGAACUGGCAUAGGGAGUUCCAAAUCACAGCUGACUACAAUUUUUUUUCUUGCAUCCAAACACGUUCAAGGAUUUCGAAUUAGAACUGAUUUGAAAUCCUUCCAAAUAUAGAGGUUCAAACAGCGGUAAAGGAGAAUAGAUAAAGGUUAAUGAAACCCUAGCCCCUUCUCUUUCCCUCUCCCUUGAGUUUUGAUUUUGUUUAAUAAUGGGAAAGUCUGUUUCUGCUGGAACUUCUUGAAAAUUUUAUGCUGUUACGUUUUAUAUAUAUAUAUAUAUGCAUCAAACAGUCUAUAUUCAUGGCGCAAGAUAAUAUCAGGGAGAAACAGAUGGUGAGAGUUGCUUCUGAUGGAGGAACUGGACGUCGUUUACCGCAGUGGAUGCUGGGAGUUCGUGCUGAUGACCAAAUACAGAGAUCUAAUGAUGUAGAUAACAACAAGAAGAGUCUUGAGGAAGAACUUGAAUCUCAAGCUUCCCUAGCCAAGGAAGCAAAUUCAUUUAAGCGUCCUCAAAAAUCUGUGUUACACCAACAGAAAGAGACUUUGGUGGAAGAUUUAUGCACCCCAGAAUGUGUUUCUAAGAAAAGAAAGGGAAGAAAACGAAAAUCAAGUCGAAUUGAUGAGGCUGAGGAUGCUGAUGACCCUGAGGCAGUCCCAGCUAUGAAAUCAAAUAGACUUAGAAGGAAGCUUGUGGACUCUGCUUUGGGAAAAAGAAAAACACCAAAAAACCUGGGCACCAGAAGUGAUGAUGAUAUGGAACUGACAGUGGAAGAUCUAAUAGUCAUUGCCAAAGAGUAUGUUGAAGCUGAUAAGGAUAGGGCCCAUAAACACGAAUUACAUGGAGAACGUGAAUCUAGUAGCAUAAAUCCAAGAACAUGCCACGCCAGGAAUCAAUCUGAAGGAUCUUUCAAUACUAAUAAUGAUAAGAAGCAGAGUUCUGUGGAUCUUAGUACUUCAAUUCCUCAUGAUUCAACUGCAAUUUCAGGUGGUGAAAAGAUUGAUAUAGGUGUGAGGACAACGGGAGAUCCUGCUAAGGACAUGCUGAAUUUAUUUUUGGGUCCUUUGCUUAAGAAGUCUGUAGAGAAUGAGCAACCCAAAUUUGUUACAACUGAUGUACAAUUUUCUUGUGAUUUAAAGAGUCAAAAUCAAAGGCAUAAUGAAAAUGUUGGAGAUGUGAUCUCAGUAAUGAAGAAGAAGAGCAGCCUGAAAGAUAAGGUAGCAAUGUUUCUUGGAUAAAGCAGAUAAAUCUGACACCGUGAUGUUUCAGGAUAAAGUAGAUAUGUCAAGAUGUUUCUUGAUACGGAAUAAUUGAACCUCAGGGUGGCUGAUCCUUGCAGUCGUCUUGUUUUCAGUGAUAUCAUCAAGAUGUUUCAGAAUAUGAGGAACUUAAUUGGGGUGGAUUUGUUUGAAGACAUUUUCGUUUGCUUCCCCCAUUUUCCCUCAUGGAUUUAACUGAGGUCGUGGACGCUGUUCAUGAGGGCACACAGCAUUGAGGCUGAAGAAUAAAGUGUAAGAAGACCUUUGGAUGGAAUCCACAUUGUUGAGUUUUAAUUGAAUUUAUUGGAUGUAUGGUUAAAUGUCAUCCUGCGUAGUUCAAGCUAACGAAUUAAGUAAUUAGUUAUGGGUUAUUCACUGUGGAGGAUAAUACUCUAUUGCUUACAAAAUCAAGUUACAAUAGGUUUUUUAAA